AUGACAGCCACCUGUACGGCAGACCCGAGUGCUGGGCGUGUCAAGUCGGUGUCCAAUCAGAAACAUCGUUUCGCCGCGGUGCCGCGAGAGUACGAGCGUUUCAUUCGUUUGUACGCGCGAACCUUUCUUCCUGCUCGAGCGGUCGUCCUGGUCGAUCAACUGGUACGGCUCAGGUACUGUACCGAGUUUCAGUUGUUGCCCAUUCUCCGCGCUAAUCAAAAGCAAUGCCGUAGUCUGUUGUGGCAGCUACGCGACCGUGGCAUGGUGCGCUGCGAGCCACGCGUGUAUAAGCGCGUCUUUCCGGGACGACGACCCGGGGCGGCGCCUUUCGUGCGGCAACGUCGACUACUGUACUGGUACGUCGACUACCAGAACGUGCUGAAUAAUGCCUUAUACAGAGUACAUCGAGUGCAAGAGAUUCUAGAGGAGCGUUUGCGAGAAAACGCUUCCGGAGCCACGGACUCGAACGGUGCAGUCGGGAACUACGUCUGCGAGCGCUGUAACCGGACGUAUACAGCGCUGGAUGUACCUGCGCUGUUACAGGAAAGCACUGGAGAACUACGGUGCACACAGCUCGUUCAACGAGGUGUGCGCUGCGCUGGCACCGUCCGCGAGGUGGAUCGUUCCCAGGAGCUGGCCGCCUUGCGACAACUACGGCAUGCCGUGGAAGUCGAGUUGCGCCCGCUAGUUGACGCAGCCGCUGCUUGUUUAGUCGUUGAAGCGCCCAAGCAUCCGCUCGAUGAUAUGGACGAAGAUCAAGUUGGUGCGUUCAUCGCUGCCCAUCAACCAGAACGUCCACGACGGGAAGAGGCUGCGCUGACCGAGAGCGAACGUGCAGCCGACUCAUUUUUGGGUUCACACGAGCUGGACAUCGAGGUCGAGGUCACUGGUCUUGUGGAGAACGGGUCCUCUGCAAAGGAUAUGGAGCACGUGACGGGUGUGCAGGCGAAGGACCGGCAGGGUCAACCUGAACAACCUGCAUGGUUCGGUAACGCCUCCUCCCGCACCACAGAGCACACUGGUUUCAAGUCGUCGGCUGAGCACUCUGGACCAGCACCGGGCCGCCUUGAGCCUGGGACGCUUACCACAAGCAGCAACGCAGCCGAGCAAAGCGCUUCUGCAGACGCUGAAGCAUUCGAGGACGACUACGCGGAUGUCGAUUUCGAGGAGGCGGUCGACUCGGGCGCCGAUGGCACAUGGUACGAUAAUCUUGACAAGGAGGACACCUACCAACCUGCCUGGAGUCCCGCUCCCGAGGCAGACCUCGAGAUCGCAGACGAUUCGGAAGCAGCACCGUCCUCUGAAGCGCUAUGGCACACCAGCGAAGCACCCGAUGAGGCAGGGGAUUCGUUUGCUACGUCAGAUGCAGACGCUACCGCUGUUUGUCUCGUCGGAGGUGAGCGAAUUCCUCUGCAAGAUAUUACAGCGGCGCAUACAGCGCGUAUGAGCGUGUCGGAAUACCAACGCUACUAUGAACUGCUGCAACAGAGACAACGCUUUCUGGUACGAGCAUUGCAUCGAAGCGAGCCCGAGUCGUAA